AUGCGCCCAAACGAUUCUUUCAUCAAGCCAAAGCUGCCAAAGGCACUGCUGGACCAAAUUGGUGGUGAUACUAGUAACAAUAAGAAGAACGCCCCAACACGGAAAGAGCGUCGCAAGAACGAGAGAACCCAGAAAAACAGAGCCAUCAGCAAUCAAGGUCGCGCCCACCGCCGCAGCGACCUCAACCUCAGAGACCCUACACCGCCACUCAAGCCAAAGUCGAAACCUACAAAAGAGGACAAGCCAAAGUCCAUCCUGAAGACGACCAAAACGCAAGACCCUCCGAGACCAAAGACUCAAGAGGACUCGCCACCGCCGCUGGCACGCGUUUCAAGAGCCGUCAAGGAUAGACUGGCUCAAGAUGACGCCGAAAUUGCUGCCUUGGAGAAGAAAUUGGGAAUCAAGUCGACAAAGAGAUCCAAAGCUUUUGCGGAUGACGGACUGGACGAUUUGCUCGAAGGUCUGGACGACGAAGAAGAUGACGGUCCCAAGAGAAAGCGCUCGGAUGACGAUGAUUGGUUGCGACAGAAGAGGAGGAAGGUCAGUCAGGCAGCUGCUGUCGAGGAGGAGCCUUCGGAUGAUGACGAGGAAGAGGAUGAAGAAGACAUCAGCGGUGAUGAAGAUGGGAUUGAUGGUCUUGACGAUAUCAUGGACGGUCUGGGCGAGAGCGACGAAGACGGUGAUCUCGACGGCCUGGAAGAUGAAGACGAAGACGACAUGGAUGAGGAGGAUGAGGAGGAUGAACUGGACGAAGAUGGCGACAAGGACAUGGCCGACGGAAAGUUUGAAGACUUUGACGAGGACGAUGAGGAAAGCGAAGAAGAAGAAGAAGCGCCUGCGCCAAGGGUGCGCGAGAAUCCUUACGUUGCCCCCGUACCCGCUGGUGCUGCUCCAGUUCAAAAGUACGUUCCACCUUCGUUGCGAGGUGCUCCUUCGUCAGACACCGAAGCCCUGGCACGUCUUCGUCGCCAGAUCCAGGGUCAGCUCAACCGUCUUUCAGAAGCGAACCUUCUGUCUAUCCUACAAACCAUCGAACAGAUUUAUCAGAACAACCCCCGCCAAUAUGUCACCACAACGCUUAUCGACCUUCUGCUUGGACUCAUCUGCGACCGCACUACUCUACAGGACACCUUCCUCAUCCUCCAUGCAGGUUUCAUGGCCGCUCUGUACAAGGUCAUCGGAACAGAUUUCGGUGCUCAAGUCAUUGAGCGCAUUGUCAACGACUUUGACAGACACUACACCGGAGGCACCACAGCAGGCAAGGAAACCUCAAACUUGAUGUCCCUGGUUUCCGAACUCUACAACUUCCAACUUGUUGGCUGCAACCUUGUAUUCGACUACAUUCGUUUGUUCCUCACCGAGCUCAACGAGCAGAACACAGAACUCUUGUUGAAGAUUAUUCGCAAUUCUGGACCUCAGCUUCGCGCCGAUGACCCAUCGGCACUCAAGGACAUUGUCAUUUUGGUGCAGAAGGAAGUCACCCGUAUUGGGGAGGCGAACUUGUCGGUGAGAACCAAGUUCAUGAUCGAGACAAUCAACAACUUGAAGAACAACCGCGUCAAGACUGGCGCUGUGGCUUCUGCUAUCGUGUCGGAACACACAACAAGAAUGAGGAAGACUUUGGGUUCUCUCAACAACAGAUCGUCUCUCAAGGCAAGCGAGCCUCUUCGCAUCGGCUUGGCAGAUAUUCGUGACACAGAGAAGAAGGGCAAGUGGUGGCUUGUUGGCGCAAGUUGGCUCGAUCCUGGAAAGCAGUCCAAGGAUGAGAACGUCUCGGAUGAGCCCAUCGUCAAAACCUCAAAGAACGACUCGACUACAGUAUCGGCAGACGACGGCAGUGUUGAUCUGAUUCAACUAGCACGUCAACAAGGCAUGAACACCGAUAUCCGUCGUGCCAUAUUCGUCACCAUCAUGUCAGCUUCAGACUACCAAGAUGCACACUUGCGCCUCCUCAAGCUCGGGUUCAAGAAGGCUCAGGAGCUCGAAAUCCCUCGUGUGCUGGUUCACUGCGCGGGUGCCGAAGCCACCUACAACCCAUACUACACGCUAAUUGCCAAGAAGCUUUGCGGCGAGAAGCGCAUGCUCAAAGCCUUCCAAUUUGGUCUCUGGGACAUCUUCAAGCGCCUGGGUGAGAAAGCCAUGACAGCCGACGAUGAAGACGAUGCCUUUGACGACGACGAAGACGAGAACAUGAGCACCCGCAAGAUUACGCUCAACUUUGCUUACCUGCAGCCCAAAACGAACACCUUUACCGAAGUCUUGUUGACCAGGAUCUUGAUCAAAAUGAUGAAGAACUCCAAGGGUAGCAAGUGGGAGCUCAGCGUCAACGAGGUGUUUGCAAGAGCUCAAGAUGUACCGGAUAUGGUGCAAGGGCUGCGCUACUUUAUCGAGAAGGUGGUCAGGAAGGCCGAGAUUGCCAAUGGUAAGAAGGAGCGCAAGGCAGUGAAGGAUGGAUGUGUGGCUGCCAUCGAAGCGCUAACGACACACGUCGCGCGCGAUGAUGGCAGCGAGGAUAUGCUGAGUGAUUCUGACUAA